AUGGAAGAUGCCGCGAGCUCCCCUACGGGCGGCCGUCGCCGCAGCCCCCCCGGCGCCGGCCACGAGUCUAGAAACCGCGGGGGCACCUCCCUGUACCGCCUCAAUUCGAACCAGAGCAAUACCAGCGUCUUCGAAGACGUCGAGAUGGCGCAUGAAGAGCUCUACUCGGGCCCCAUGGCUGAGAGCCUGCCCACAAGUGUGUCGGCGUUUUCCCAUCGCAGAGCACGGGCCGACUCAACCGCGAGCUUCACGUACUACGAAGAGGAGGAGGAACUUGCGCCGGAGCCAGAAGACCGCGAAAGUGUCUAUCGGAGGCCGAGCGUGUCGGGCAGCUACAUCCGCCGCAGUAUCAGCGACCUCGGCGAUGUAAACGAAUUCGAGUUCUCCGUCGACGACGACGAAGAUUCGGCGGAUCGUGAGUAUCAGGCUACCGAGGACGACUACGUCCUCCGCCGAUGCUCCUCGGCCCAGUCACGCACUUCGGUCCACGCCCGCCUACUCCGUCAUGAUAGCGCUGCGACGGCAGCGAGCUCUCGUCAUGAAGGCCGUACAAGCCAGAAGAUCUAUAUGCCCAACGAGGACCUGACCAUCGCCGUUGCUGGCUUUCGCACGAGCAGGGUCGGAUACGCAUGCUACGUGUUUACCUGCGUUGUUUCAUGUGGACUUGCUUUCCUGCUCUUCCGAUGGCUUCCGCGAUGGUAUGUUGGACUUGUCGGCCGGCCAUUUCCCUUGAGGGAGUGCCACUGGGUUGUUGUUGAGAACCAAUGGGGCGAGCUCGCAAUUAUGUCGGUCAAGACCCAGCUCUACGGACGUCCCCUCUCGUCUGUCUUUGGCCUCCCUGAGAAGAUCUUCGCCUACGGCCUAGACGACGAGGAUAGUGAUCCCCUGAUGGAUAGUCUCCGGACUCUCGACUAUCGCUACGUUCGCCUCUGCUACCACCCCCUCAAGGAUAAGUUCGUCAUGUCUACUGGGUGGAAGGAUCCGGAAUGGACUGAUGUCCGUUCCGUGCGUGCCGGGCUCGACAGUGACGAAAAGUCCAUCCGCGAGAUUAUCUUUGGGAGCAAUUUGAUCGACGUCGACCAGAAGCCUGUUGGCCAACUGCUUGUUGACGAGGUCCUGCAUCCCUUUUACAUGUUUCAAGUAGCCAGCCUGAUCCUUUGGUCCAUGGACUCGUACUACUACUAUGCCGCCUGCAUCUUCGUCAUGUCAGUCGGUAGCAUCACUGCUACGCUCAUUGAAACCCGCGCGACUAUGAAGAGGCUCAGGGAGAUAUCCCGGUUUGAAUGCGACGUUCGCGUUCUCCGUAAUGGAUUCUGGAGAUACGUCUCAUCUAGCGACCUGGUUCCGGGAGACAUUUACGAGCUCAGCGACCCAAAUCUGACACAGUUUCCAAGCGAUGGAUUGCUUCUCAGUGGAGACUGCAUUGUCAACGAGAGCAUGCUGACCGGUGAAUCUGUACCGGUCUCGAAGCUGCCGGCCACGGACGAGGUGCUUCGGGCUAUGGACCUCGGGGCGGCUUCCGUCUCGCCUGAGACUGCACGACACUUCUUGUUCUGCGGCACCAAAAUCAUCCGUACGAGGCGGCCGCACGAGGACGAGGGAGGCGACGCCGUUGCCCUUGCCCUUGUAGUGCGGACUGGCUUCAAUACGACCAAGGGCGCCUUGGUCCGUUCCAUGCUCUUCCCCAAGCCUUCGGGCUUCAAGUUCUAUCGCGACUCCUUCAGAUACAUCAGUGUCAUGGCCAUGGUCGCCUUGCUGGGCUUCGUGGCCUCUUUUAUCAACUUUGUCAGGCUCAACCUUGCGUGGCACUUGAUCAUUGUGCGGGCGUUGGAUCUCAUCACCAUCGUUGUCCCGCCUGCCCUCCCCGCGACCCUUACGAUUGGCACCAACUUCGCCCUUGCACGCCUCAAGAAGAAGGAAAUAUUCUGCAUCAGCCCUCAAAGGGUGAAUGUCGGCGGCAAACUGGACAUCAUGUGCUUCGACAAGACUGGUACGUUGACAGAGGAUGGCCUCGACGUGUUGGGGAUCCGUGUCAUAUGUCCAGAGACGCACAAGUUCAGCGACGUCAUGUCGGCACCGCCGUCGAUUGAGAGCCAUGCCGAAAAUGUCGCGUCGCAGAAGCGGAGCCCUACCAAGGCCGCGCUGUACACCAUGGCAACAUGCCACUCCCUUCGCUCGGUGGACGGCGGCCUCGUUGGGGACCCGCUAGACGUUAAGAUGUUUGAGUUCACCGGCUGGUCGUUUGAGGAAGGCAAACACCGGGUAGGCGACGGCGAGGACGAGGAUCAAGGCGGGCUUGCUCCCUCCAUCGCGCGCCCACCUGACGAAUCCGCUGAGCUUGGUGUUUUGAAGUCAUUUGAGUUCGUGUCGCAGCUCAGACGAGCCAGUGUUAUUGUCCGUCAUUUUGGGCAGAAGAGCGGCGACAUUUUCGUCAAGGGAGCCCCCGAGGCGAUGCGAGAAAUCUGUCGGCCGGAGAGCUUCCCUCAUGACUACGACGAGCUCUUGUCGUAUUACACUCACAAGGGGUAUCGCGUCAUUGGCUGUGCGACGCGCCAUCUGCCGAAGCUUACCUGGGUCAAGGCGCAAAAGAUGACCAGAGACGAGGUUGAGAGCCGUCUUGACUUUGUCGGCUUCAUCAUUUUCGAGAACAAGCUCAAGCCUACCACGGCGGGUGUGUUGAAGGAGCUGCUCGACUCCAACAUUGGCGCGGUGAUGGUGACAGGCGACAACAUCCUCACAGCCAUUAGUGUUGCGCGGGAAUGCGGACUGUUGGAUCGCAACGCGCAUUGCUUCGUGCCGCGGUUCACACGCGGCGAUGCACGCGAUCCCACAGCUGAACUGCACUGGGAAAGCAUUGAUAACAACGUCUACAGCCUUGAUAAACGGACUCUUUCGCCUUUGCCAGUCCCCCCUGAGGCCGACGCUUCGUUGCCGUACGACAUUUCCAACCUCCGUAAUUAUUCUCUGGCUGUUAGCGGAGAAGCGUUCCGCUGGAUUGUCGACUAUGCAUCGCCAGAGGUUUUGCGAACGAUGCUUGUCCAAGGCAAGGUGUUUGCACGAAUGUCGCCAGACGAGAAGCACGAAUUGGUUGAGAAGCUUCAGAGUAUAGACUAUUGCUGCGGAUUCUGCGGUGACGGCGCCAACGACUGCGGAGCGCUCAAGGCAGCGGAUGUCGGCAUCUCCCUGUCAGAAGCAGAAGCGUCUGUGGCGGCGCCCUUUACAUCGAGGGUGUUUGACAUUGGCUGUGUCCUCGAGGUCAUCAAGGAGGGGAGGGCCGCGCUUGUGACGAGUUUCAGCUGCUUCAAGUACAUGAGCCUGUACUCGGCAAUCCAGUUCACGUCAGUGAGCUUCUUGUAUGCCAAGGCGUCCAACCUCGGCGACUUUCAGUUCCUUUUCAUCGACCUUCUUCUAAUAUUGCCCAUCGCCAUAUUCAUGGGAUGGGCCGGCCCGGCGCCUAAGCUGUGCCGGAAGCGGCCAACGGCGGACUUGGUGUCGCGCAAAGUCUUGACACCGCUUCUGGGCCUCAUGGGCAUCUGUAUUCUCAUCCAGGCCGUGGCAUAUGUGACGGUCCGACAGCAGAGCUGGUACAUACCACCCAAGGUCAAGCACGACGAAUCAAGUAUCAAAAACUCGGAGAACACAGCCUUGUUCUUGGUGUCGUGCUUCGAGUACGUCUUGUCAGGAGUGCUCCUGAAUGCCGGACCACCGUUCCGGCAGGGCACGCUGCAGAACUGGCCGUUCAUGGCGACAAUCACGGUGGCACUGGGCGUAUCGGUGUACAUGGUGCUGGCCCCGGCGCAUUGGCUGAAGAAGCUUAUGCAACUGACGAACAUGAGCCGGGGGUAUGAGAUGGCCCUGAUCGGGCUUGGAGUGGCAUACAUCGGGAUGGCCUGGGUGUUUGAGCGGCACCUGGCGCUGCGCCUCGCGAGGUUCUUGGGGGCGGCCAAGGAGCGCCUCACGGGACGAGGCAAGAAGCGCAAGGAGUACAAGAUAAUCCGAGAGAGCAUCUGGGAGUCGCUGGCCAUGAACUACGACUGGAUCCUCGACGGCGGCUACCUGCCGCAUGCCGUCAUCCGCGUCGGCAUCCGGCGCCAGCUCCGGGACCGGCUGGCAUCCAUCGCCAGCACGUCCCUGAGCGAUGCCAUCGCCAGCAAGAUGGCCUACAUUGAGCGCCUCCGCACGCGGCCCAUGGCCGUGGAGACGGAUGCCGCCAACGCCCAGCACUACGAGGUCGGCACCGGCGUGCUGGCGGCCUGUCUCGGCCCGCGCAUGAAGUACUCGUGCUGCCUGUAUCCCAAGGGCGGCGAGACGCUGGCCCAGGCCGAGGUCGCCAUGCUCCAGUCCUACCUCGACAAGGCAGAGCUCAAGGACGGCAUGAGCAUCCUCGAUUUGGGAUGCGGCUGGGGUUCCGGCGCUCUUUUCUUUGCAGAGAUGCUCCCCAACUCGCCCAUCACUGCCUUCUCCAACUCGCGAACGCAAAAGGAGCACAUCGACGCCGAGGCUCGUCGUCGUGGCUUGUCAAAUGUAACAGUCAUCACCGGAAACGUCGUCGACUACGAGUUUGAAGCCGGCAGCUUCGACCGUGUGGUGUCGAUAGAGCUCUUUGAGCACAUGAAGAAUUAUGAGCUGCUCAUGGCCAAGGUCUCGCGCGCCCUCAAGCCCGGCGGCAAGCUCUUCGUGCACAUCUUUGCGCACAAGUCGACCCCGUACGACUACGAGGAAGGCUGGAUGACGACGCACUUCUUCACCGGCGGCACCAUGCCCUCGGCCGACCUGCUUCUCUAUUUCCAGCGAGACCUCAAGAUCCAGAAGCAGUGGUGGGUCAACGGGACGCACUACUCGCGCACCUGCGAGGACUGGCUGUCGUCCAUGACGGCCAACAAGAAGGACAUGUGGCCGCACCUCGUGCACACGUACGGCGACAAGGAUGCGGCGACGUGGUACAAUCGCUGGCAGAUCUUCUACAUGGCCUGCUCGGAGCUGUUUGCGUACGACGGCGGCGACACCUGGGGGGUCGCCCAUUACCUGUUUGAGAAGGAGAAGCAGAGAGGGAAAGACGUCACGGCAGCGUAG